ACCUAUCAGGUCCACGCCUCCCUGUCUCAUCUCGAGUGCUACCUCUUCAUCAAGAACUCGCUACAGCUUCUCGUUACUUUAUUGUGCGGUGAUUGAAACCAGUCCGAUUCGCGCAGCUCCACUGUAAGGAGCCAUCUGAAGUGAAUUACCGUUUAUACUUCGGUCCAGGCUUUUUGAACCACCGGGCUCCUUGAAUAUUACCUCUCUGCCCCCGGCCAGAACAUUGUGUCCUUUGUGGGGAAAAUGACUGCCAAGCAUCGGAAAGGGAAAAGCAACCAGAAACAUGAAGACAACUUUUUCAAAAACGAAGUUAUGGAGUCAGAAGUUCGCGGCGGAGCGAAUAAUUACACUCUUCUGUUGGUUUUAUUUCUCAUGAUUGUAAUUGGCGGUGCCACUGGCGCAUGGUUUUGUUUCCAGCAGCACCAAUCUUUAACUGAUCUAACAGACAAUCUCAUGGGCAUGCAGAUGAAAAUAGUGAGACUACAGUCCUCCCACGAAGAAAUGCGACAGUCAAGUAGUAAGCAAAUUUCAGAGAGUCUGGAAACUCGCCUGAAUGCCCUGGAGGAGUCGUAUGCACUGGCCCAGAAACAGGUGGGCAUGGCCUUGGCUACAGCUGAACAACUCAGGACAUCUGACCUACCCGCUCAGGUGCUGUCGCUCCACACCGAGAUGAAAUCUCGCCUGGCUGAGAUGCAGCAAGCCACCGUGUCUCUGGAGCAACUGAACCAGCUGCAGACUAUGCUGAAGGGGAAGAGUGAGGAGUUUGAGGGUGUCAGGAUUCAGGUGGAGGGCCUUGCCUUACUGAGCACUGACCUAUCCCAGAAGGUCGAGGACUUGACAGGGAUCUUGGGAGAUGUGGAGUCAAAGCUGGAGGAGAGAGUUGGACAGGUUGCAACGCUGAGUGCCACUCUGGACGGACAGGCCGCAGAGGUGCUCGGCCUGAAGGAGCAGCUGGACAACUACCAGGCUCAGCUUGAGGCCCACACACUGGAGAUGGCUACUGUCAGAGAGUUGCUUGAGAGUGAACAGUCCCAGCGGCUCCAGCAGGCCAGUGUGGAGGAGCACCUCAACACGCUGGUGGGAGAAACUCAACCUCCUGCUGAGUCAGUAGAACAGACAGAGGAAGAGACGGCUUCUGCAGCUGAAGUAGAGGCAGCUGCAGCAACUGAAGAAGCACUUCCUGUUGAGGCAUCCAACCUGGCAGAUGAGGGAGAAGAGGCAAGUGAAGGAAGGGCAGCUGCACAGGAUGAAGCUCCUGUUGAGCAGGAGUACUCUGUGACAGAAAAAACUGCUCCUGCAGAGGAGGUUGAGGCAGUAAAGGAAGAUCAGACAGAGGAAGAUGAGUCAGUUGCCUUAUCAGAAAAGGGGGAAGUGGAUCCAGCUGAGACAGCAGAGGGAGGAGAAGGUGUAGAAGAGAAGUUACCUGAAAAGGAGGCAACUGACGAAGAGAGUGUUCAGGAAGAGUCAGUGCUCAAGGAGCAGAAACUUGAUGUUGAGGAGGAUGAACAGCAGGAUUUAGAAGCUGAAGAGGAGGCCUCAGAAGAGAGAGGUCAGGAAGAGUCACUGCUCGAGGAGGAGAAACCUGAUGGAGAGGAGGAAGAACAGCAGGAUGUAGCAGUUGAAGAGGAGGCCUCCGAAGAAGAUAUAGGUCAGGAAGAGUCACUGCUCGAUGGAGAGGAGGAAGAGCAGGAUGUAGCAGCUGAAGAGGAGGCCUCCGAAGAAGAUAUAGGUCAGGAAGAGUCACUGCUCGAGGAGGAGAAACCUGAUGGAGAGGAGGAAGAACAGCAGCAUGUAGCGGCUGAAGAGGAAGGAGAGGAGCCAUUAGAAAAUGAUGCAGAGGAUGAAUAGUGCACGUCACCAGAAAGAGAGAUUAUUCCACACCGGACGCAUCCAAUUCUGAGACUGAAGUCACAGUCUACAACAUGACAGAUACUGUAGGAAGGCAACUAUUGAUUGCUGCCGUUUACAUACAGUAUUCAUUAUGUGGUUGCUCUUGCAGAGGCAGACCUAGUCAAAAGAAAUCAGCCAUUACUCUGGAUUCUGAGCUGAAACUUGUACCUCUAUAGCGAUGGCUAUUAAGUUAGAAAAUGAGUGAUUCAGGGUUUUACCUGCCAAUAACGUCCUCAAAAGCCUUAAUCCAUAAAAGUCCAAAUGUCUUUCUACAGAGCAGUUUCCACUCUUUUUGUCAAGGAUAGUCUCUGUACUAAACUGUAAAACGAAAAGCCAAUGACGUAACAAGAAGCCAAUGCAUACACUGUUUAUCAGUGCACUUAAAGCCAUACGUAAUGCCUGUCUUGGUGACAUGAAAUGUUUUUUUGUCACUGGCUGAAUUAUAUAUUUUGGAAGGAAGAACUGUUGCAGUAAGUUAAUGUAUCCUUAUUGUUUACACAGGCAAAAUGGCCAACUAAGCAAAAGAAGGAGGGGGGAAAAAAAGCAUCUUUUGAUAAACAAUUCCUGAAUGUUUUUAAAGUAUAGGACAAACUGUAGUUGAUUGUUUUUCUACUUUUUUAAGUUGCAUAUCUGUGGUUCAGUACUUAAACUGGAGGUUUGCUGAAUUUAGCUUGGCUAAUAGUGUUUUUUUUUUUGUUUUUUUUUUAAACCUCUUUCCAGACACCUGCAGUAUUGUAAGAUAGUGGCCUAAAAGUCUUGAGUCUUCUGCCAAGAUCUGUUUGGUUUCAUCAACAUCAUUCUGCAGCUUAAAUGCCUUUUUAGUUUAGUCAGAUCAGACUUUGCAUUAUUUGUUGCUGCUGUGGGUCUUCUAACAAUUAACAAAUAAUCUAUGCAUUAAUGUCACUGCUUAUGUUUUGACUGGGUGGGUGGGGCAGUUGCUUCUAACUAUCAGAAUAGCUUAGUGAAGCACCUCAGGGACUAAUUGUUCUCCAGAUGGAUAGAAAACUAUCGCAGUGUUGAACUGCAGCUAAAUAUUGUGUUUUUAGCGUGUCAUUAUAAAAUGCACAUAGGUAAAAUUUCACAACCAAUGAAUUUUUCUCCACCAAACACCAAUUAAACUCAAGCUGACCACACAAACUAAAAGAUAAAUAUAUUGCGUCGCGCUAACGUGUUCAAAGUAUUGACAAAAAAAACCCCGAAAACCAGCUUGUUUUGUAGCAGUUACCACACCUCAUCUUUGACAAAACCAGUCGUUUGACUAAACAGUAUCAACUUUUCACUGUCUUGACUAAAGAUAAAUCAAUUUUUUAACUUUACAGACUACUUAAGUAAGUCUUGUCAGACUAGUUUUAGGUUGCACAGAAGAGGACUUUUCCAGCAGGACACUGACCCCAAACAUUCAUUUAAACUAUGCCAGGACUGUGAAAUCUAAAGGAGCAUGGAGUGCCUUUGUUCAUGGCUCUUAUCUCCAGUCACCAGAACUCAACACCUGCUGAACAUUAAAACAAAUAAAGGGCAAAGCAUACCAUGCCAUUGUUAAGUUUCUCUGAGGUGCUCUAAAGACAACUGGAAUGAUGUGAAUUCUCAUAAUGCUGUGCUCCACAGAAUGCAAACUGUGAUUAGGGCAAAGAGUAGACACAUCAAAUGUAUUGUUAUAAAAUUACCUCUGAAGACGGGACAAAUGUUUGUGUAGUCAUGCUUCACAAAUAUGGAAUAUGUUUUGGGUAAGUGAUUGAACGGAGUUCUCGGUUGCAAAGUAAGACUUGGACAUCACUGUACAUUUUUACUAAGCAAUUCACGUUUACACAAUGCACUGUUUUUGCCAAGGCAUUGAUUACUGUCAGUAUGACACUUCUCAUAUUGUCAUGUUUUUAAAAAUAAACCCUGGUCCUUUUGC